CACAGAAGUACUGCACGCAACAGUUUUCAUUUUAUUGCUAUUUUUCGUGUAAUAAAAAAAAAAACAAUAAAUUAAGCGAAAAUGAGUUUGGCGGGUAAAAAUGUGGUGUUUGUUGCCGCUUUGGGCUCCAUUGCCUAUGAAGCCAGCAAAGAGUUAAUGACCUUGGAUUUGGCGUCCUUUUUCGCCUUUGACAUUCUGGACAAACCUGAAGCGGUGAAGGCUUUGCAGGAUAUCAACCCCAACACUAAAGUUCACUACACGAAAUUUGACAUCACCAACAAGGAAUCGAUCAAGAGCGCUCUUGCCGAUUUGGUGUCCAAAGUGCAAUACAUCGACGUAUUAGUCAACGGAGCUGGCAUCUUGGCUGACCCCGCAGUUGAGUUGACUAUAAAUGUCAACUUGAUUGGUCUAAUCAAUACCACCUUUGAGGCUUUGCCUUACAUGGAUAAAAAUCAAAAGGGGCGAGGUGGAGUUAUUGUGAAUAUCGCCUCUGUAUUGGGUCUAGAACCAUGUCCACCAGCGGCUGUGUAUUGUGCUUCCAAAUUUGGCGUAGUGGGUUUCUCACGCUCUCUAGGGCAUCCCGACUACUAUGAACACACUGGCGUUGCAGUGAGCACAUUCUGUCCCGGUUUGACUGACACGCCAUUGAAGAACAAUCUCUCCACCAAAUAUACCUUUGAUUAUUCUAAAGCGAUUGGCGCUAAAUUCGAUAAUAGCAAAACCCAGACACCCGAAAUUUGUGGAGAACACUUGGCUCAAGUGGUAGAUUUGCAGGACAAUGGUGGGAUCUACAUUAGCAACCAGGGUACACUGACCAAGGUGAAACCAAGUGUCUACUGGGAACCUACUUAUUAAAGACUUGCAGAAUAAAUAUGUAGAUAGGUUUUAGUAAACAUUUAUACAUAUAUAUUAAUUAAUAAUAAAUAAUGGGGUGAAUGUAGUCGUACUCUAAUUAACAAAAAAUAAAUAAAUUUAAAAACUUUUAAGUAUUUAUUAAAAACUAAAAGCAAGAAAAGAGUAAAUAUUUGUCCAAUGAAAUUUUGCUGCAACAAAUAAAUAAAUACGUACACGUACACGUACAUUUU